UUGCAACGUGGCAUGCAACUAGAUGGUUUCUUCUCCUCGGUUUAUCAGAACUUGAGACACAGAAAGAGCGAAGUGUUGACGGGCAUGGCAGUAGCAAUGAGCUACUGCAAGCCUUCCCCGUUUCUGGGAAACUAUCCAACUCAUUUUCAUUUGGGAAAAUCUCAAUCUGGGAAAGUUGUUCAGGCACCUAGAAUUAGUGCCCUGUUUUGGGGAGCCAAGAAGUCUGCAGAGCCAAAAGAAAUUGAGAUAAAUGUUUCACUUGGGGAAUUCACUUUGACAGGUUCAGGCACACUGAAAGAGGGAAUUUCAGGAGUGAAACCUGAAAAGAUAUCACUUUCAGUCGUUUCUUCAAUCUCUGAGGUCUCAUCCGCCGAGUGGGAUGCAUGCGCUCUGGAUGCUACAGGCCCUGAAAAAUAUAACCCAUUUCUUACUUAUGCUUUUCUUUCAAGCUUGGAAGAGUCAGCUUCUGCGGUGAAGGAAACAGGGUGGAUUCCACGCCAUAUCAUUGCUAAGGAUGAAAGUGAAAGUAUUUUAGGUGUUGUUCCACUCUAUCUUAAAAGUCAUUCCUACGGUGAAUUUGUUUUUGAUCAUUCUUGGGCUGACGCAUAUUAUAGUUUUGGGUCAAGAUAUUACCCAAAGUUGCAGUGCUGUGUACCUUUUACUCCAGUAACUGGUCCCAGGAUUUUAAUUCGUGAUACUUCAUUCAGAGAUCAAGUUUUUGACGCUUUAGUCUCAGCUCUGAAGGAUCUGACUGCCAAGUACCGGCUUUCAUCACUGCACAUUACCUUCCCAUCUGAAAAUGAAUGGAACAAACUGAGUGGAAAAGGUUUUCUUCAGAGAAUUGGAAUGCAGUACCAUUGGAAAAAUCGUAACUAUAAAAGUUUUGAUGAGUUCUUGAUGGACAUGAAGCAAAGUAAAAGGAAAAAUAUUCGUCAAGAGCGCAAAAAGAUUGUACAGCAGAAUUUGACUAUGAAACGGUUGCGGGGUGAUGAAAUAAAGGCUAGACACUGGGAUUCCUUCUAUAACUUCUACCGGAACACCACUGAUAACAAGUGGGGUACUCCAUAUCUGACUAGGGAUUUCUUUCACAACAUGGGGUCAAAGAUGGGAGAUCAGGUAUUACUUGUUGUUGCUGAAGAAGGGGAUGAGCUUGUUGCUGGAGCUCUGAAUAUUAUAGGAGGAGAUACGUUAUUUGGACGCCUAUGGGGAUGUCAUCCACGAGCUUACUAUCCAAGUUUGCAUUUUGAAGCAUGCUAUUACCAGGCAAUAGAAGCUGCAAUCGAACUUAAUCUAAACACUGUAGAGGCUGGAGCUCAGGGUGAACAUAAGAUUCAGAGAGGUUAUAUGCCUGUGAGAACUUAUAGCUGCCAUUACCUGAUGGAUGAAGGUUUCAGGAAGGCCAUAGAGGGCUUUCUAGUGCGUGAAUCAACCCAGGUUGAGCUUGUUAUGAAACUAUUACAUGAUUCUGGCCCCUUUAAGGAAGGCAUAGAGUGAUUUAUUGGAAUAAAGCAGAUUGAUUUUCUGUAAAUUGUGGAUGACUUUUUCAUUUUUCUAAUUAACUUCUGAAGUUUCACUUGGAGAUUGUGUACAUAAU